AUGGUAGAAGUUUUGGCAACCAGUUUUCAAAAUUUGUACAACAAGUAUGCCAGACUGGAAAACGUGGACAAUUUUCCGAAACAGAAAAUAUACAUAACCCCAGUAAAAGCCCAGCAAGACACUGUUGAGUAUGACGACUCACAAAUACAAACCCAAUUCCGCAAUCGUUUGAAAUCCCGUAAGACUUUCUAUUUUGACACCAAACAGUUGUGUGAGGUGAAAAGUUCGAAAUGGGAUAUUCUGUCUUUAAAGAAACAGCGUCCUCUAGUUGGACAAUGUUGUUCAGUUUGCAUACCUGUAAGAUUUCCACAAUUUUUAAUAUGUAAUUACCCAAACAUGUUUUUUGUAUAUUUUAUCUGUUUGUUUUCCAAUAUGCUGUAAAGAAAAACAUGAAAGUCGAGUCAGCAUUAAAGAAUAUAUUAGACAUAUAUAACAUUGAUCCUUCUAUUAAAACAUCGAUGUUUGGUAGAAAUGUUGAGACUCUAAUGUUUUUUAAUCGGCUGAAAAGCCACCAGUACAAAUACAUAUACAAUGAA